AUGGAGAUUUGGACCAUCUGGUCAAAGCGCAGUGGGUUGGAAUUUGGGAACGGAAGCAAAGCAAACAAGGAAAAAGGACGCUGUCCCACACAGCAGGCUGCGAGAGCCAUAAAAGGAGUCUUGGCUUGGGAAGGCGAGAUCCCAAACAUUUGAGGGUCCUGCACCAGCCGGAAGCAAAGCAAUCAAGCACCGAUCCUCUGGAUCCACACCCAUCAACUGCACCAGAAUGUCUAUCGAACCCUAUCAUCUUGCAGGUAUAGUUCCAUCGGUUCACGCCCAGAUGUUCGGGGUGCCAUACAGGAAUCUGAUGAUUUAGUAAACCACAACAGAGUUGGCGGUACCUUCAGGCGCCUCACUAUCCAGGAUGAGCUUAAUUUUGAUUCUUGGUGGAGUUCGUUCUAUAGUGGUGAGACUGAAAUGGCUAUUAAUGUAAAUGGUGAUGAGAUUGGAACAUUGGUUAAUGUAAAUGAGAAAAAUCCUGAAGACGAUGAUCAGAUACCACGGAGAGGGAUGGCGUUUUCUUCUGAGUUAGAAGCUGAAGAAUUUUGUAAAAAGUAUGCCAAGAGAAUUGGUUUUACAGUAAGAAAAGGAAAGGUACAAAGGAAAGCAAAUGGUACACUGAAAGGGCGAUGCUUUCUUUGUUCAUGUGAAGGCUUCCGGACCAAGAAGCAUCCCAACCAGGGAACAAAGUAUCAGAGAUCAGAAACAAGAACAGGUUGCAAUGUCCAGAUCCAAGUCAAACUUGACAAUGGACAAUGGGUGAUCACAAAACUUCAUCUUGAGCAUAAUCACAGGUUGCAAUGCCUAGAUACACUUAAUUGGCCUUCAGAUGAAGUGGAAGGUGCUUCGGGAGCUGACAAGGAGAUCCAAACUUCCUUCGCUCCAACUGAAGCUGAGGACACAGACAAAACUCUCACAGAUCCUAACACAGCUGCUGCAGGGCUUCUUGAGAUGGUUGAGGGAUCUGGUGUAACUUCCAAUACCAGGGAGUCGAUUUGGCAGCAAAUAUGGACCAAAUAUGGAGACGUAACUGCCAAUUGCUCCUUUACAGCACCCCAGUUUGUAGAGAUCAUCAAAGGUUCCAUACUGCAGAUUGUGGAGCUGAUGCAGAAGAAUACUGCCUGUAGCCUGUCUGGUGCAGACACCUACUUCAUUGAUAGAGCAUUGAGUGAUUUGGAGAGGGUGUUGGAAAGUCAAUCUUCCUAAAUCUUCCAUAUUAAGAAUAGAUUAUCUGUAUAUGUUAGUUUUCCUAUUGUAAUUCCUGACUUAUAGUUGAAUAGUCUAGAAUAUGGUAAGCUAAUUCCUGACUUGUAGAAAAAGAUCUCAAACCUCCUUGUAUAGAUACACACUUCAACAUCAAUAAUAUUAAUUCAGCCAA